AGGAGACGACAGAUCGGCGGCGGCGCGCACUCAGCCAGAGCAUCAGGGCACCUUGGAGCGCACAGGGAUUGAUCCGGCACUGACAACACGCCCUCCACAUCCACCUGAGAACCCACCCGGCCGAAUAACUGUCCUUGUUGAAGGAGGACAAAAGGGAAAAAGACACUCGCUUUUAUCCACAGCAAGAACAAUACGUUCCCAUGAUGUCAUACCUGUGGAUUCUGCUAUUAGGAAGCCUGCUGGCCUCGCACGCCAAGGCACAAGAUGAUGCAGCCCCACCAUCAGACGACGAAGUCCCGGCGGUGGAAGCCGACGCUGAGGAGGAGACCGUUCCAGAUCCCGCGGAAGAACCUGAGCAAGCAGAAACUGAAGCUGAAGUAACUGAGCAAGAUCAAGUAGGCGGUGACGCAGAACCAGAAACAACCGAAGGAGAUACAGAAGCAGCAGAUCCCGCAGCAGCAGAUCCCGCAGCAGCAGAUCCCGCAGCAGCAGAUCCCGCAGCAGCAGAUCCCGCAGCAGCAGAUCCCGCAGAAGCAGAUCCCGCAGCAGCAGAUCCCGCAUCCGAGGAAGAAACCGCAGACGGAGAUGCUCCUGUGGAAGCUGUUGAACCAGCGUCGUCCAAGGAAGAAACUGCCGAAGACACCCCUGCAGUAGCUGUUGACCCAAACCCAUCCACCGAAGAAACAGUAGAAGCAGAGGUUGCUGCAGAUGCAGAAGUGGAAACCACCAAAGACGAAGAUGCAGAGGCAGGGACUCCUGCAGGACAACCCGAAGUAGACGUAGCUCCUGCAGACGACGAUGCUGAAGCAGUUAUUCCUCCAGUAGACAGCGACGCUGAGGGCUCUACAGUAAUAACACCAGUCGCUGAUCCAGCUGCUCAAGAUCCAGCGACAGAAAAUGAAGAGGUGGAAACUCCAGGGAGCACUGAUGCACCACCUGUCGAAGAUGAUAAUGGAGCAGAUGGCCAAAUCACUCCGGCAGCAGAUGCCGGUGUUGACAAUAAUGAUGACGCACCCACUGCCGGUUCACCCAUCGAGCCUACAAUUCAAGGGAACGUUGCUCCUCCUCACAUUAAUCCAGAUCUGGGGUUCAACUUGGAAGAUGCGUUGUCUGGGAGCGCCGAGGAGACCCAAGAGAAGAAAGCACCAAGUAGCCGCAGUGCUAACUCUGGAAGUCCUGAUAAAUCAGAAGGUGACAAACCUAAGGCCAAAGAAGGGGGAUCUGGCUCUUUAGCGGGAAUCCUGUCAGGGAUAAUUGUGUCUGCAGUGGGAGCAGUCACCGGAUACUUUGCCUAUCAGAAGAAGAAACUGUGCUUCAAAAACAGACAGGACGCAGAUCCAGAAGCUGCACGCAAAGCAGAUGCAGCCGAGGCUCAGUCAGAUCCCCAAGCUCUUAACACCUUACUGAACUCAUCUUAGACCAGCAGCGUUCCCCCGCCUGCCUGGACCAACGACAGUCAAGCAAAGUGGCAAUCUCCCUGUUAGGCUCUGCCCGGUGGAGCUGAAUUACUGUGAGGCCCCCGAGAGGGGCUGCGUGUUUGUCUGAUUGUGUGCGUGUAUGUUGGUCUAUAUAAACCUGCGUGUGUGUUUUGUUUGUUUUGUUUCUUUCUGUGAGUGCACAUAAGUGCAGGAAUAAGUAAGUUUAUUCCUGCGUGAGCAUACAUAUGGGGGGAAAAGGAGGUAAAGAUCAAGUCAAUGUAUGCAAACUUGAGGGGUUCAUGAAUGUUAUGACUAAGGAAUUUAUUAAAAUGAUUGGUCAAGAUCCUUUUUUUUUCAUAGUUGCCAAGAAUUAAAAUUUUACAUUAAUUAUAAUAAGAAAAUGGCUUAAAUAUAAACUUUUUUUUUUUUUUUUAACUGUACGGCUACUAUCCUGUUCUAGUAAUUCAGUGUGAAUCUAAACCCGUAAUAGCUAGUGAUCUUGUUGAUGUUUAACUUGUACUGAAUUAUUACAGAUGGAUGUUUUUUUUGUUAGUUUUUUUUGUUUUCUGGGGGUUACGGUUGGGGUGGGAGGGGCGGUGGGGAGGGUUGGGUUCUGCCAGUCAAUGAGCCAACCAUCUGAAAAUCAUUUGAACAUCCACUGUCAACCAGUCACUUCAGUAAACGCAUUCAUCUUAUGAUUAUAAACGCCGUUAUGUGUAAUAAUACAAAUGUAGGAUACGAGGAGUCUUUAAGAGCGUCCCGAGAUUUCCAGGAUUUUUCCCUCUGGCGCUUUGGGGAUGCUCUUAGAUGGUCCGGUGUGGACUUGGAGGAUCAAUGAUGUCACUGUAUGUUCGUACCUGUCGUUUUGUUUCAUUUUGGUCUGUGUGUUCUUCGGUGAAGGGGCUUGGAUUUAAAUUCUGUGAAGUGACUACUACUUCUGCUCAGUUAGUUGGAUGAAUCACACGUUGAGGAAAUUCCUCAUUGACCUUUCGUUCAUUCACCAUACAACAAACUUCCCUGUUACAUUGUUUUAGUGCUGUAAGCGAGUGGAUCGUUGUCACCUGAUGUGAACAAAAUGUGGAGGUCUCACCGUAACGUUUUUAGCCGUGAUUCUAACGUGCUCCGUGUCAGUCUAGUUGUGAUGCAGUCAUUUUUUUUUCUCUGUAGUGCCUUUCACUGACACAGCCUGGCGUGGUCACAUCUGCAGACGCACAGGGAAGAUCCAGCAGUUAGGACAUAAAUGUGAAAACAGGCAAACUAGUAGUGGAAAAUAAUGAAUGUAUGUUGUUUGUACUUCCCAUUAAAUACACGUGAAAUAGCUCCAGACAUACGUCGCACGGUCUUUGCAGAUGCUCUGCAUUAUGUUCACAGCAGGCCAAUUUCAUAUCCACUGCUUUCAGAACUGAACAUGUAGUCCAAACUCUUUACAGUAUGCCUUGAGUUUUGCUAUGAAACUGUGUCUUUUUCAUUUGAGCGAGCCGGUCACUGUCUGUGAUUUUGUACCAUUCUUAUACAGACGCCAUUCACCUGUGAUUUUCUAUAUAAUUCUUUAUAUUUGGCGGUGGUGCCUAUGAGCCGACACUGAUGGUCAGAUGAGUCAACUUGUACGCUGUGGUAUUUUGUGAUCACUAUUGUGAAAUGCCUCAGAAGCAGCUGCGCUACUGCCUUCUUUUUCCUGCCUGUGUAGCACAAUUUAACUUCUGAAUGUCUCUUUAUUGUCUUGAAGUUUUGUAUCUUCCCUGCUCCCUUUAAACUUUUAAAUGUGGCUAUACAGGUUGCAUAGUGCUGCAGUUCAUGUAGUGUGUUAGUAGCUGCAAUACGGGACAGAGACUGUUGCUGACAGCCUAGCCUCAAGCUGAGAAAUAUUAGUAGUCUGUGAUGUCACAUAUCGAAUGAUUCUAGAUUAUGAACUGUGGGCUGGAUGCAGCGUCUAAUAUCUCUGCCACUUGCUAUUUUAACCUGUAAUUUGUGAUAAGACGAUAGAUGAGUUUCUCUUGAGAUGCUGGUACAAGUGGAUAGUAUGUCUGGAAUAAAAUAAUAUUGCACAAUAUGCCCACUAAGUAGCAGUACAAGCUUUUUGAGAUUGCCACUAAUGCCUUCAAAAAUAGUAAAUCCUCCUCUGAAUGCAGCACUCGCCCCUUCGCCAGCUCCAUUAUGUGCCGCGGGAUUCAGCCAAGGCACUGAUGUACUGCUGGGUUCGCUCAGAAAACUUGCCAAAACUUAUUUGAUGUAAAAAGGGGGGGAUGCAACAAUUUUAACAUCCUGUAAACAUAAUAAGCAUUGCUUCUGUUUGGAGCAUUAUAAUCCACUCUACAUUUUGUCACAGGCAAACUAUUGGAGCACAGUGUCUAAACCAGAAUGUAAACCUUGGGUCCUGAAGUGCACUUUCCAGAUCAUGCAAGAGAGCAUCAAUGAUGGCGCGUACCAGUCCUGCCUUAUUACUAAGAAUCUCUUAAAUAUUCCUGAGAGGAAAAAAUAAAGAACAAUGUCAGGAUCGGAAAGAAAGGGUGAGACAAGCAGAGGUGUUUUUUUUUUUUUUUAAAGCAGAAUAAAAAAAAAACAUUUUCAAUGGGAGAAGCACUUUUCUAUCCUGUAUACAUCUUGAUCGCAUUCAGACAAGUGUAAGAUUCUUCUUGUUAAUUUAAACUGCCAUGUUUUUAUUUUGUGUAGGAACUGUCUUCUUCAUUGAUCUGGCACUUGUGCUCUUCUGGAGUUGUGUAAAUAAUGUUUGACAAAGUCAAUUAAACUGUUUCAGUGGGA